GCCAUUUUCUAUGAUAAGAGGGUUCUUGAUCUUUGCAGACUCUGGGGUGCAUGGGUGGAAGUGCUUAUGCUUUCAUAUCACAUCAGCUUGUCAACAUGAACUAUGCCUCCUCUGAGAUCUGGCAGAGCUUCAAAAGCGUGUGAUCUCUGCCGGAAGUGUAAGACACGUUGCUAUGCAUCCCAGGGCGCAAAAGGCAGCUGUCUUCGCUGCUCGACAUUGUCCCAAGUUUGCUCUCUGAAUGCUGAAAAUAACCAUUCCAUUUCAUUGGCUGAGCGGGAGAGACAUAUUGUUACGGACGACACCAGUAGCAGCAACGGCUCGAAUUCCAUCCAGCAGCGGAUUCCAGUGCACGAAAGGUUAACUAGGUUGGAGAGAACUGUUGAGGCCUUAGUAGAUCGGAUUGACGCAAGGUUCAAUGAACUCGCCGGAACUGCGAGCAACACUCAGAUAAGAACAAUAAAAUCCACAGCCGAAACUGACACCAACACGGCUCCUGUAUUUCUCAUCAGAGAUGCCGCCACGGACGCCGGUGUACAUACCCCGGAACUGAUUCAGUCUCAUCAUCGAUCCACCCACUCGGAUGUAAUCUCAACAGGACUAGUAACAUUAUCCACUGCCCAUUCCCUACUCGAGCUGUUUCAUAUCCAUUACGGUCGAUGGGUGAAAUUCCCGGAGGACAUAUCGACAACAGUCCUACUCCCACGAAUAAGAAAGUCGCCACUGCUUAUUUGCAGUAUUUUUCUAAUUUCAGUACGGCAUACGACACAGGAACUUGCCGACAGACUCGCACCAGAGCUAUUCCAAGAAGCGAAACGUCUUGUUAGCUCCUCGUUACUUAUAACGCCUCAGUCUUUAGAAUUCUUCCAGGCGGUGCUCAUAUUGAGUCUAUGGUCUACAACAAUCGGCCAGGUGCCAUUGAGUGUUGACAGUUGGCUUUUAACAGGGUACGCCCUUCAACAAGUAUCGGUUAGUCCCGAUUUCGUCGAGGUCUUUCAAGUCAGAUCAAUUGCUCAGACGGCAAGGUCUCAACUCGAUGCUUGGUGUUUGUGGAACCACCUCUGUCUGGCUCAUCUUCAAUAUUGUGUAGGCACUCGUAGGCAGGCUCUGCUGAAUCAAGAGCAAAUUAAUCACUGUGUUCGGUUUAUCGAAUCUGAUAAUAUCACCAAUUAUGAGGCAAGGAUGGCGGCUGAAAUUAGCCUAUACUGGGUCAUUUAUAGAAAGUGUUGCGGCUCUGAUAUCAACAUGUCUGAGACGAAAGUUGCUUUGCAAACGUGGCAUCAGGAAUGGAUGGCAUUACUCAAUCAGCCACGCUCUCAAUUCCUUCAAAUGGGCUUCCACUUCGCACAUCUUCUAGCCUAUGGCCAAUGCUUGAAAUCCCCCUCAAGAUUACGGGGGGGACUAUCCGUCGUAGAAACAAUUGCCACGGAGAUGAUUUAUCAGUCAAAAACCAUCAUCAACCUUGUCAUCGAAACGACAGACGAGCGCACGCGUCACUUGACCGAUCAAAUAUACCACAUUGUGACCUUCUCAGCCCUCACGCUUUGUCGUCUUGUGCAUACCUACGAGUCAAAGCUCCGAGCGGCUAAUCAUGAUAUCGAAGCUCUGGACAGUCUCGUCACAAAGCUUAUCGACUGGUUAAGGUCCAUCGGACUGCCCUGUCAUGCGGCACAUAUGCUAGGUGGUAUAUUGGCAACACAAUUCAGUAAAUUGCGGCCAUAUGCUCGACCAGGAGUUAGCAAUGUGACAGACUGUGACAUUAAUUUCAGUGCCUUAAAUCAUCAAUCGUUACCCACCGACCUUGGGGUUUUGUAUCCAGAUUUCCUCGGUUCGGAGCUCUUCAACAUCGCUAUGGAUACGGCUCCAUGGCCACAGUGGGGAGCGAUGUAUCAAGAUAAUGACUUAUGACGAGGAGGUAUUUGCUUCAGCCUUGGAGAGUUUAUGCCUCUUUAACAGCAAUUAUCCAAGAUAGACUGCCUGCUAGCAAGAUAGCAAUCAAUACCCACUAACCUUGAAGCAGUAGUUGCUGUGACGCUUAGUAGGUAAAGCGUAUCCUGUUCAAGGAAAGCUAAUCCCAAAUUGGAUACCCAGGCGGAAUAUGAUUGGAUACUAAGUAAUACGUCCAUACCUAGACGGAUAUCAAUACCCAUCAUCCGUAUUAUGAUCAUAUUAAUUAAUAAUAUUAUGACUCUUCACGGG